AUGGAAAGCGAACCAACAGCGUCUGAAUGUGUUUCAGUACAAAAAGUAACGGUACCAACACCGCCACUACCAGAGACAGCAAUAUCGCAAUUUGGAGAAGCUGAAACUCCUAAUCACAUUCAGCAGAUAAUAUCGUCCACUUUGAUAUCUACCGCUCGGAUAUUAACAUCGACAAAUGUUGAAGAAAACUUGGAAGAUUUGACAAUUGUUUGGCUGGAUGCAAAUAUUAUAUUGUACACGUCGAAUGAUUCUGUUGACACUAUAGCACAACUGCAAAAAAUUGCCAAUUUUGUGAAAGUGUUUUUAGAUGCUGACGAAUGUCUUGAUUAUGUCAGAUCACUAGAGAAUGAGAAAAUAUUGCUUGUUACAUCCGGAGCAUUAGGAAAAAUCAUUACACCGUUGAUUUACGAGUUACCUCAGAUAGCUAACAUUUAUGUAUUUUGUGGAAAGAAAGACAAUCAUCAACAAUGGGCAAGUCAUUUUAAAAAAAUUCGUGGCGUUUACGAUGAUAAGGCUGCAUUAAUAGCAAUAAUUGGCGCAGAUGCCAGAAUUUUUAUUAAAAAUUUGGUCCCUAUGAGUAUUUUUACCGAUGGAAAUGAAUCUUCCAUCCGUGACUUGGACAAAGAUUCAGCGGCAUUUAUGUGGCAUAAAUUACUUUUGGAUAUAAUAUUGCGAAUGCCAAGCACGGAUAAUGAUAAAACGAAUAUGUUAGAGUUAUGCCGUACUUACUAUCGCAAUAAGGAAGUUGAACUGAAAUUCAUCGACGAAUUUGAUCGAAGCUUCACGCCAGAACAUGCAGUAUAUUGGUACACCCGGGAUGCUUUUGUUUAUAGAAUAAUCAACAAGUCCCUCCGAGGAGGUGAUAUUGAAGUUAUAUUUGCUAUGCGAUUCUUCAUCAAAGCUCUUCACGAACAAUUACGGUACGAAUAUAUGCGUACAUCGACAUACGCGUACAUCGACAUCCUCCACGAGAGAAUAAAUAAGGUAUAUCGGGGACAACUAAUGGGAGUCAACGAGAUACAGAAACGUGGCGCGGAUGUUUGUAGACGGCUACAACGGCGACCUGUAGGCGCUGUAUUUCGAAUCAAUUCUGUUGAAUUUUUCGAUGAAUGUUAUAACGUACAUUUAACUUUAACGAGUGACGAAAUUCCGCGAGUAAAAGCUUUAGUUGCUCAUUUGAAUGGUGAAAGUGAUGAUGAGUCACCGAUACUAACGAUGGGAAACUAUUUAGCUGAGAUGGGCGAAUUAGGUAAGGCAGACAAUUUUUACAGACUGUUACUUCGAGACCUGCCUCAAGAUCAUAAAGAUAUUGCACCAAUCUAUAACAAUAUCGGAUGGUUACACUAUGAAAGGGGACGCUACAUAUAUUCUCUAAAGAACUACGAAAAGGCAUUAAAUAUUCUAAAGACAUCUUCUAAUCCAAACAAUGAAGUGUUAAGCAGUAUAUUGAAUAAUAUGGGUAUGGUUUAUUAUGAAAAAGGCGAUUACAACGAAGCAACAAACAAGUACGAACAGUCUCUCGAAUUAAAGUUGAGCACUGUACCACAGAAUUUUUCAUCAAUAGCAAAAACCUACAAUAACAUUGGCCUCGUUUAUCUAAAAAGAAAAUCCCGAGCUAUGGCGUUGAAAAAUUUUAACGAUGCACUUGAUAUUCAAACGAGACAUUUACCACCGAAUCAUCAUGAUUUUGCAUUAACACUAAACAACAUUGGCUGUGUACAUUUAAGCAAAGAAGAAAAUGAGGCAGCGCUAAAGAAAUUCAAAGAUGCAUUAGAAAUUCAAAAAGUGUCACUUCCCGCAGAUCACGUCGAUUUUGCUACCACUUACAAUAACCUGGGUCUUGUUUACGAUAAAUUAGGUGAUUUGUCAUUGUCUCUAGAAAAUUAUCGAUUAUCAUUGAACUUUAGAUUAAAACGUUUAUCACCCAAUCAUCCAGAUUUAGGUGUAGCAUACAAUAACAUUGGAUUAAUUUAUAAGAAAAUGAAUGAUUACCAGCGAGCUUUAGAAUUUUGUGAAAAAGCAUACGAAAUUGCUAAAGCAUCAUCCGUUACAAGUCAAUCCAACAUGAAUAUUUAUUUAAGUAACAUUGAGACUGUGAAACGUUUCAGGUGA